UGGAGUGCGUUGCUAAAUGAAUGGUACCUCACAGAGUGGCAUGCAUAACAGUCAUGUGUAGUUAUUAAGCCAGCCUGAAAGUUAUAAGACGUGAGGCUGACACAUCUCAAGAAAAAAAAAACUGACACUCUGUGACUGACUGAAGUUGUUAGUCACUUAAAAAAUAAAUCGAAUUGAAAUAUAUUAAUAAAAGUGAUUUAUAUCAUUUUGUUCAUAUUUUAAAAUGCAGUGAUUACAUUUAACCCUAAAUUUAUUUAAAUGAAUUACAAAAGUUUCUAUGCUGAUUUAUUGUUCUGUUACUUCUCUUAUCAUAUUGAGGAAAAGGUUCAAAAGAAUCUUUGUUUCUAUUAAUAAAUUGGUCACAGAUCAAAGUGCACUGUCACAUGUACAAGACGCUCCCGUCUCUGCUAUGUAAAGAUUUCAUGUGCUUCCUCAUUCUGUUUAUUAUAAGUAGGCACAUGGCUAACUGCCAUUGUAUUAUCUUAGAGACUGCCAAUUAGCAUACCAUUCAGGUGAACAGGUUAUCCUGUGAUUAUAGCCAAGCUGAGAGGUUGUAGGACCCAGAGGCAGCUUUUCUACUCUCCUCGGACAAACUGGUUUAUGGAGUGACACACAGGUAGCUGGCGUGACGUUUGCAAUCAACAGGUGUACUUUGAAAUAAGUGAGAGAAGCAAUAGUCUGCCAGUGUCCACAGCACAUGAAAGACCUGUGCUACAUCUUGGGAUUUUGUGGUGGAUUUAUUUAUUUAUUUUAAUAUGAAGGAGAAAGAUAAAUCAGGAGAAACCGUCACCAAAGCAGCAUGCUGAACCAGGAAACUUAGGAAGGCUUUAAAGUUUCACUUUACAUUUCCUCCGCAUGUAAAACAAUGUCUUCUAUCAUCACUGAGAUCUGGGAGAGGGUGAUGAGGGGACGACGGAAAAAGGAUGACUCCAAAAGGACCAUUAAGUCCAAUUUACUUUUUGAAGGCGCCAACUGGAAGGAAAAUCCAAACUGUAUUUACAAAACCAACAAAAUCAAGACCACCAAAUACACCUUCCUUUCCUUCAUUCCUAAGAACCUGUUUGAGCAAUUUCACCGUUUCGCCAACAUGUACUUUGUUUUAAUAGCCGCUCUAAAUUUUGUACCGGUGGUAAAUGCCUUUCAACCAGCCAUAGCCAUAAUUCCAAUUUGCAUUAUUUUGGCUAUUACUGCAAUUAAGGAUGUAUGGGAAGAUUUCAGGCGAUUCAAAUCGGACAAGGAGAUCAAUAACAUGCCGUGCAUGAUAUAUAGCAAGGAUGAAAGAAGCUUUGUUGAUAAGUGUUGGAAGGAUGUACGUGUUGGAGACUUUGUCAAGCUGUUUUGUAAUGAGAUCAUCCCAGCGGACAUACUGCUUCUCUAUUCCUCCGAUCAGAAUGGGAUCUGCCACAUCGAAACUGCUAACCUUGAUGGAGAGACAAAUCUAAAGCAACGACAAGUAGUUAGAGGCUUUUCAAAUCAAGACACUCCAUUUGACCCUGAAUCCUUUAUAUAUACUAUUGUCUGUGAAAAACCAAAUAAUAACCUCAGCAAAUUUAAAGGCUACAUGACUCAGACUAAUGAGCAGAAAACUGGCUUUGGAACCGAAAGUCUUCUUCUGCGGGGAUGCACAGUUCGAAACACAGAGGAGGCAAUUGGUGUAGUCGUUUAUGCAGGGCAUGAGACCAAAGCAAUGUUGAACAACAGCGGUCCACGAUACAAGCGCAGCAAAAUUGAAAGACGCAUGAAUAUCAAUGUCUUCUGCUGCGUGGGCCUCCUUUUAAUCAUGUGUCUCAUUGGAGCUCUAGGGUAUGGUAUUUGGUAUGGAAAGUUUGUUAUACAUCCUCUAUUUGAUGUUCCAAAUCCUGAUGGAAGUUAUCUUUCUCCAGCACUUGGUGGUUUCUAUAUGUUUUUGACCAUGAUUAUUUUGCUGCAGAUCUUAAUUCCUAUUUCACUCUACGUGUCGAUUGAGCUGGUGAAAUUGGGCCAGAUAUAUUUCAUCCAUAAUGACAUUGACUUAUAUGACGAGGAGAUAGAUUUGUCUGUACAGUGUCGGGCAUUAAAUAUCACAGAAGACCUUGGACAAAUCCAAUAUAUUUUUUCUGACAAAACUGGAACUCUGACAGAGAACAAAAUGGUUUUUCGCAGGUGUACAAUUGUGGGAAAUGAAUACUCUCAUCAGGAAAAUGCCAAGCGUCUAGAAACUUACAAAGAAGAAGAUUCAGAUGACGAGGAUAUGGCAAAACUCAGGAACCUUACCUUGUUUGAUCUUGAGGCUGGAAAUCAGUCCACUGUGAGACAUAAAGGGACACGGGCACUGAGACGGUGCCACAGUGCUCGUCCCAAUAUUCAAGGGCAUUUUAGGAAAAAAUCUGAAGGACGUUUUGAUAUUUCACAGGUGGCAUUUAGCAGUCCCAUUGAAAAAGACGUGACCCCAGAUCAGACGCUGUUAAAGAAGGUCAGAGAAGCAUCAGUCCAAAUUGAAACUCCCAUUAAGGCACAGAGCAGCGCCAGACCUUCAGUUUCUCCCUACACCGAUUUUUUCUUGGCGUUAGCCAUUUGUAAUACAGUAGUUGUCUCCACAGCAACGGAGCCAAGGCAGAGGGUUACAAUGGCUCCAUUGCUAAAGCCAUCAGCUUCAUCUUUAGAGAAGUUUCAGCAUCUUUUUCAAAGGCUUAAAUUACUAAGGCUCAGUCAGUCUUCUAACACUACUCCAUCUAGUUCUGACCCUGCAACACCUUCAAGCUCUAAGAAAAAUAAAGUUAGUCCUGACAACAUGUCCCGUUCUAGCACUGGAGAAAAUGAAAAUCAAAGCAGUGGAAAAGAUGACUCUUCAUCAAGCAAAAACAGUGCUGAAAACUGUAUCGAGGCGAUGAUGGCCUCCGUUGCUCCAUUCCAUAUAGAAGAUGAAUUCUGUUAUGAAGCAGAAAGUCCUGACGAGGCUGCAUUGGUUCAUGCUGCUAGAGCAUAUAGCUUUACCCUAAUGUCUCGCACCCCAGACCAAGUCACAGUGCGACUCCCACAAGGGACACUACUCACAUUUGAACUUUUAUACACUUUGGGCUUUGACUCUGUCAGAAAAAGAAUGUCAGUGAUAGUUCGUCAUCCAAUAACAAGAGAAAUUAUUGUGUACACCAAAGGAGCAGAUUCUGUCAUCAUGGAUAUACUGGAAAACCCUGCCAGAGCUAACAUAAACGAUGAGAAAAAAUUGCGGAGAAUACAGUCAAGAACCCAGAGACACCUGGACUGGUAUGCAAGGGAUGGCCUUAGAACGCUGUGCAUUGCUAAAAAGGUGUUAAGUGAGGAAGAUUUUGAACGAUGGUCAAACUUUCGGGAAGAAGCUGAAGCAGCAAUAGAUAAUAGAGAAGAAUUACUUAUGGAAACUGCCCAACAUUUGGAAACAAACCUCACCCUCCUAGGUGCAACUGGCAUAGAGGAUCGACUUCAGGAAGGGGUACCAGACACCAUAGCUGCCUUGAGAGAAGCUGGUAUAAAUAUCUGGGUGCUGACUGGUGACAAACAAGAAACUGCUGUUAACAUUGCCUAUUCCUGCCAGCUUUUGGACCAGAAUGAUAUGGUUUUUACAAUCAAUACAGAGAGCAAGGAAACCUGUGAGUCAAUUAUAGACUGUACCUUGGAGGAGAUCAAAAAUAUUUCCCCUGAAAAGAAGAAGAGGAGUCUUUUUAAAAGGCAGAGGUCCCAAACUGCUCCUGAAACAGAAAUGGCAAGGCCUGAAGUUGGGCUGGUGAUUGACGGAAGGACAUUAAGUGUGAUCUUUCAUGGUGGCUUAGAGGCAAAAUUUUUGGAGCUGACAAAGCACUGUCGAUCUGUUUUGUGCUGUCGUGCUACGCCUCUACAAAAAAGUAUGGUUGUCAAACUAGUUCGGGACAAGUUAAAUGUCAUGACACUUUCCAUAGGUGAUGGUGCCAAUGAUGUCAGUAUGAUUCAGGCUGCAGAUGUUGGUAUCGGAAUUUCUGGUCAAGAAGGCAUGCAGGCUGUGAUGUCCAGCGAUUAUGCAAUAUCUCGAUUCAUGCAUCUCAAGAAACUAUUACUUGUCCAUGGUCAUUGGUGCUACACUCGGUUGGCAAAAAUGGUUAUCUAUUUCUUCUACAAAAAUGUGGCUUAUGUCAACCUACUGUUCUGGUUCCAGUUUUUCUGUGGCUUCUCAGGUGCUACCAUGAUUGAUUACUGGCAGUUGAUCUUUUUCAACCUCUUCUUCACUUCUGUACCCCCGCUUGUCUUUGGAGUAAUGGACAAAGAUGUUUCUGCAGAGACCCUUAUGAGCUUGCCCGAACUUUAUAAAAGUGGUCAACGUUCAGAGUCAUACAAGAUGUCGACAUUUUGGAUUGCUAUAUUAGACGCCUUCUACCAGAGUAUUGUUUGCUUCUUUGUCCCUUAUUUGGCAUUUUACAAAUCUGAUAUAGACAUUCUUUCAUUUGGCAUGCCUGUCAACACCAUAGCCCUUCUUACAAUUCUUUUACAUCUUGCCAUUGAAAUUAAAAAUUGGACCAAUGUGCACUGGAUCACAAUUAUUGGAAGUGUUGUUCUCUAUUUUGUUGUUUCAUUGGCCUAUAGUGCCAUUUGUGUUUCAUGUGAGGUGCCAAGUCCGUACUGGGUCGUGGAAACACAAAUGUCUGGAGCCCAUUUCUACCUACUCUGCAUUAUUACACCAGUCAUUGCUCUCUUACCAAAGUAUUUUAUCACAGCCCUGCGAGGUACUUGUAAAGUGGCUCCAACUACAGAAGCUCACAAGCUUGAUAAAUUAAGUAAAGAAGCAAGAGAACUAAAAAUACAGGAGUGGAGGGAGAGAAGCCGAAAUGUUGCAAUGCCAUCCAAUGCUAGCAAUAUAACCCUGAAUAGCAGUUUACCAGCAACUCCAGAAAGAGCGCUUCACAAUGUAUGCUCACCCAGACAUGAGGACAGCCUGCACAAUUCUCAUAGAGGGAAGGACACUCCAAGGUCACAUCGGCCAAAGCCUUUGCCCAGUGCUGCUACCCCAUGUAAAGGUGUGGCAGAUCUUUUGAGGGACACAGACGAUUUUACUAGAUCUAAUCAUCGCAGAUCGGUUAGCACAGUGACUAUUUGACACUGGACUUUAUUGGAAAGUCGCACAAUUUCCAAUGUGCUUGUACAUAAUACUCGGCUGCUGGUUAACCCAUAUUGGGAAAGAUAACAGAGGUAAAUGCUGCCUUUGUCACUUCAACUGUGAAGUUAUUUAGAGACAAAUUGGAUACAAAGAAGUGACUGCUGCAACAUAAACUUUUUUAAUCAAAUGAAGGAAAACCUAAAUCCAUCAAUCUGUGAACUUUUUUUUUAUCUACAUACAUAUGUUAACAUUAUAAGCUGCUGGCAUUGUGCAAUUAGUAGUAAUGCUACAUGGUUCAAAAGGUUAGCUGUGAUCAUAUUUCAGCUUAGUUAGUUCUUUCCUUUGUAGUUCUUGAUUUACAUAAUGCAUUUGCAGGCACUUUCGCUGUUCCAGUACAAUUUGUGCCAGUUUUGAGGCUGGUAGUGCUUUAAUGGGUGUCUCAAAAGGUAGUGCAAUAAACAUAUACUAUAAUACAAUAAACACAUUCUAUAAUACUGUAUGGAGAACAAAGGUGGAACACAGGGUGCUUGGGUUCAAAACUUUUGCAAGUACAAUGUGCAGGUACUAUAUACUGUACCUGUAGUAGCGUCCAAGGCCCUCCCUGAAUACCAGCCAUUUUGACAGUCAAAUCUCCAGCUCUCCCAGACAGUGCCGAAACUUGUCUGACCCUUCUUGCCUCCUGCACAGUCCUAUUGGCCCAUGAGGUUGCUCAUCACAGUGAUGGACCAGUAUAAAUUAAGGAUUGCAGGGCAGUACACUAUGACACUACCUUAAAUGGUUGGAGAUUUUCCUUUCAGAAAAACCAAAGAUUGUGGAAUUAUGUAAGCACCUCCAGACAUUUGUAAUUCUUAAUAUGAUAACUAGGACCUGAUACAAAUGGACACCAGCUCAGAAAAAGCUUUUGAAAGUGAUAUCUCUGCAAUAGAACCACCGUUUACAUACACUUUCCCAGAGUAGUUUAGUGUCUAAUUUAAAGCCUAGUUUAGACUACAGCUUUCCUAGAACCAAAACUAUUAAUCUUACCUAGCCAGCAGGGUAGUUGGUAAAGAAUGCCUACUUUGCACAAAUAAUUGUACAUUCAUUUAUAACUUGAAUUCCAUUUCUGUUAGUCAUGUAUUAGUGUUUUAUUUUAUUUGUUUUUACCUUUUGUACAAACAAAACUUUGCAUGUAUUACUGUGUUCCAGAGUUUACAAUAGCUAUGAUUCUAUUAUUAAUUAAACUGGUCUGGAAAAGUUUUUAGAUACAUUUAUCAAUUGGAACUAAUCUUGAAUCAUACUGGAGCGCAUAAGCAAUAUUAACCAGUCAGAUUCUAUUUAUUGAUAUUUAUCAAAGACUAAUUAAAAGAUUCCUAAAGAAGAUUGUUAAAGGAAGCAGCACUUUCUAUUCUUCUGUUGUUCCCAUUUGUUCCAAACCAAAAGACACAAAGUGCCAAUAGUGGGAACUAUUCCAUUUUUUUUCUCUGCAAGCAACACAUGCCAAAUAACCUUUUAGUGCGUCUUUUAUUAUGAAAUAAUUGUAUCACUCUGAGCCAACAGAAACAAUCGCCAGAUGUAGGGUAUAUUUAUUUUCACUUUUCAAUGGCUAAUUAUAUCUAUAAAAUCCAAUACAUUUGUAUAGUUCUUGGUUCCACGUUUACGGUUUUGUAAAAUGUAUUAUUUUUAAUAUACAAAAAUGCUGUUGAUUAGCAAAAGAAAAGUUGUAUGACAAAAACAUUUAGAUACCAGUUAGGUAGCAAUAUCAGAGCUAAGUUUGUUUAGAAAAUGUAAAGGUGGCAAUGCAUAUUUUGGCCAGUUCAGCAGGGACUGUAAAGUCUAGCUGGUUGUACACAAGUCAGUCUAUCAAUUGACUUGUAUAACAAACAGCAUCCUGGCUUAUUUAAAACGAUCAGCGGGAGUGAUGUCCCCCAUCAACAUUGAAUGUGUGGAUAGGGAAAUUGGUUCAUUAAGUUUUUUACAUUUCACCCACUGGUCGAUGUAUGGCCAGCCUAAAGCUUUUACUGUUAAUUGUCUUGAAUAUAUUGUGUUUAGCCCCAUGAGCUGUGCAAGAAAAAUCAUUUUAUUAUCUCUAGAAUAUGCAAUGCUGGCUAUUGUAUUCUGACAGCAGGGUACCCAUGGCUGUCAGAAUACCUAAAAAUUCAGCAGAGCAGAGGGACCACUGCUUCUACACAGCAUGCUGGCAAGGGACAGGAUUUGCUUCUCAGGUUCUAGCUGCUCUCUUAAGAAAAUGAACUGUAGCUUUGCACAAUUCUUCUUUUGAUAUGCUUUAAAAAAGUUUAGCUAAUUGAAACUAAAUGUUCAAAAGGACUUUUAUUUUUUAUUUUUUGUAAUAUUCCUUGUCUGCCUUGCUCUCCUAUUUACUGGCUAUUGAAAAUAAGAACUGAGUAGUUCUCGUACAAUGCUCAAUUUCUGAAUGCAGAGUAACCAUUUACAGUUUGUGAAUACAACUUCAGAUCUAAGUUAAAACUUCCAAAGCAGAUCAGCAAAUCUGUCUAAUGCCUGACCUCUCAACGUCUGCAUCUGAAUAUUAAUUUAGAAGUUGUAUGCAUUAUAGUCACCUUGAUCACUGUGUCUUUACAUGCAAGUUAAAUUGACUGCCCUUUGUUAAUCAACAUUGAUGGAUGUAAGAAAGGUAAUUAAUUGGAAUUCUGAGUUUACCACUCAGCAUAUUUUCUUCAUCGAGAAAGACAGAGAUUGGAGGAACUGUGAUAUUUCUUAUUUAUUGUGUUAUGUAGUUUCUUAGCAUCAUGUUGUCAGGUAAACAUAUCUCAUGUUAUCAUAGAAUGUACUGUAUAUCUCAUGUUAUUCUAGCUCCUUCAUGUUUUCUAACAAUUUGUAAUAGCCAACUGCCCAGUUGUACGAUUACAGCUUUCUAAAUCUAAGAUUUAAUAUUUUUCAUUUACGGUGGCAAUUUAGGCCAUUCUCUUCAUUAUUUUCUUAAAAUGUCAGCGGUCUUUUUGGAAAUGAUAGUUAAAGUGAUAGGAGAGUUGAAAUGUUUAUCUUUUCUAGAGAAUAUGAUCAAAUGAACUCUGGUUAAAAGUAGAAAUAGACUAACCUCCAAUCUUCCCCUUCACCGGAGAUCAUGUGACCAAUGCCUAGGCUUUUGACAUGUGAACAACAAUGGAAAGACACUGAAGCAACAUUUUUACUUACAUUUUAAUCCUUCUAUUACACUUUUUCUAUCUAGUCCUGCAAAACUUUUAACAUAUGCUAUGUUCCGAAUCUGCGAAGUUUCUGUAGUGAUCUUCUUUCCAACUUUCUGUUCUUUCUAUUUAACUAAUCAACUCAAAUUGUAAUGGCCAUCAGCAUUGUACUUUGAAAGAUGGAGAUUGCCAAAGGAAUUUAACAGAGGUAGCCUCCUUACAUUCUUUAUAGAAAACAUUCUUCUUUAAGUAAAGUCCAAUUCCGGCAUCGAGCAUUCUCUUUACAGAUCAAUGUCAGAAUGCUAUUGAUUGUGGUGGUGUGCUUUAAAACCUUUGCCACCACUUUAGUUUUAAUAACAGAUGGUGCUUCCACAUUGAGUUUAGUGAUAUGUUUUAUUAACAUUUUUAAAUUUUUAGAAAGUUAUGUAAAGCACACAAGUAACAGAAAAAAAGUGUAGUGUACUCUCAUUCAAGUGAGAGUUUAGAUAUUCAACUAGUAUAUUUAUGGAUGCUGUGGAGUUCUAUAGAUAUUUUAUCCUCACUAGUCUCAACAACUUUGUUUGCAGACUGUCGAAACCUGUAACUAAGGGUCAGUUAAGUCCAAAUUGAUAUUUCAUUUGUUAACCUGCUGGCAGGUUAAAUUAAUUAGUGAUUCUUUACAGACUCUGAAAGGAAAAUAUCCUUUGCAUAUAUGGAUGAGUCUUCUUGAUGAGAGGGCAAAGAUGGUAAAUUUGCAAAGGAGAUAUUUAUUCUAAAGCUCCUUAGGUAUAUUAGAACCAAGUGUAUUAUCCCAUCCUUGUAAGGUGGGAUCAGCUUUUAGAAAAGGUACUUGUUGGCUUCAAGAAUUUCUCUGGUGAAUACUGAUAUUUAAAAAACAAUACAUUUCACAAACCCUUUCUGAUGUAAAGUGUUUACAUUUUUGGUGUAACUGUGAUGUGCAGCAGGCAUUUUCAUAAUCCUGAAAUCAGGAGAUUGAAUAAAGUUUAGCAUGUAGGUCUUUAUUUAAUAACAUAGUGUGAGUAUUACAGGGCUGAUAAUCUAUAAUCAACAGUUCAUAGUAUGACUACUUGUAUCUUUUGAAAACAGAUGUACAGUCACUAAAAGUUAGUAUCCAUAGUUGUUCUUUACACUAUGGUAAUUGUUAUAAUGGCCUUUGUGAGCAAUGGUGCUCCUUUCAAUACCUUUUGAUCUUCAUACUACAAAAUCCACUUCAAAUUGUAUGCUUGGUUUACAGAAUUUAGGUUUUACCUUUUCUGUAUCUUUUUUUUUAUCUUAACUGUGUUAAUCAGAAACUCAGGGAUAUGUGUUAAUCAUAGUUAUGUAUUUAUUUUAUUACGUCAGAAAAUGUUUCUAAUGCAUUUUUGUAUUGUAAUCCUUUCUCACAUUACAUGUGAUCGUUAUUACAUGUUCAACAUUUAUUUAACUUAGAAUAACAUUAAACUUUUAAUUUAUGUUUUAAA